GCCCCCGCCCCGUCUGUGCGUCCUCCCGGGGAGGGGUCGGGGGGCGCGGCGCCCCACAUAACACUCCCCCGCCUGCGCUCGGAGCCACCCCUCUCCCCUCCCUCCUGCAAACACCGCCGCCUCCCCUGCCACCGCCGCCACCUCGCCCGACGCUCCGCAGCUCGCCGCGGCCGGGGGGCGGUGCGCGGACCGUGCGCGCCGGGGGCGCCAGAUGUGCAGUCCGCGCCGCCGCCAGUGACCGAGCCGCAGCCCGAGCGGGAUCGGGCCGCCUCCCCAAUGCUGCGGGGGCGACCUUGAGCGCGCCCCGGCUUCCUCGGCGGGGACCCCGACACCGCGAACGCUGUGCCCAGUCCUGCCCUCUCCAGCCCAGCUCGCCCUGCGUUCCGACAUGGAGGGGGCCGCUGCUCCCGCGGCCGGGGACGGCCCCGACUUGCGGCCGGGGGCUCCGGGCUCUCCCCCGGAGGUGGUGGCGGGGGCCACCGCAGCCCCCGCGGCGGCGGCGGCGGCGGCGGCCCCGGAGCCCAGGAAGCCGCACGGGGUGAAGCGGCAUCACCACAAGCACAACUUGAAGCACCGCUACGAGCUGCAGGAGACCCUGGGCAAAGGCACCUACGGCAAAGUCAAGAGGGCCACCGAGAGGUUUUCGGGUCGAGUGGUUGCUAUAAAAUCCAUUCGUAAGGACAAAAUUAAGGAUGAACAAGACAUGGUUCACAUCAGACGGGAGAUUGAGAUCAUGUCAUCCCUCAACCAUCCUCAUAUCAUCAGUAUUUAUGAAGUGUUUGAGAACAAAGAUAAGAUUGUGAUCAUCAUGGAGUACGCAAGCAAGGGCGAGCUGUACGAUUACAUCAGCGAGCGGAGACGCCUCAGCGAGAGGGAGACCAGGCACUUCUUCCGGCAGAUUGUCUCUGCUGUGCACUAUUGUCACAAGAACGGCGUGGUCCACCGGGACUUGAAGCUGGAAAACAUCCUGCUGGAUGACAACUGCAAUAUUAAGAUUGCUGACUUCGGGCUUUCCAACCUGUACCAGAAGGACAAGUUCUUGCAAACCUUUUGUGGGAGCCCACUCUACGCUUCUCCUGAGAUUGUCAAUGGGAGACCUUACCGGGGGCCAGAGGUGGACAGCUGGGCCCUGGGCGUGUUGCUUUACACUCUAGUUUACGGAACAAUGCCCUUCGAUGGUUUCGAUCACAAAAACCUCAUUCGGCAGAUCAGCAGCGGAGAGUACCGGGAGCCUACGCAGCCGUCAGACGCCCGAGGACUCAUUCGGUGGAUGCUGAUGGUGAACCCCGAUCGCCGGGCCACCAUCGAGGACAUCGCCAACCACUGGUGGGUGAACUGGGGCUACAAGAGCAGCGUUUGUGACUGUGAUGCGCUCCACAACUCCGAGUCGCCGCUCUUGGCUCGCAUCAUCGACUGGCACCACCGUUCCACAGGGCUGCAGGCUGAGGCCGAAGCCAAAAUCAAGGGCCUGGCCAAGCCCGGGGCCUCCGAGGUCAUGCUGGAGCGGCAGCGGUCCCUGAAAAAGUCCAAGAAAGAGAACGAUUUUGCCCAGUCCGGCCAGGACUCGGUGCCCGAGAGCCCAUCCAAGCUGAGUUCCAAGAGGCCCAAAGGGAUCCUGAAGAAGCGAAGCAACAGUGAACAUCGUUCCCACAGCACUGGCUUCAUCGAAGGCGUCGUGAGCCCUGCCUUACCCUCUGCUUUCAAGAUGGAGCCCGACUUGGGCCGGACCGCCGUGCCCCUCCCAAGCCCCCCUGAGGCGGAGGUGCCGGGCAAGCUCAGCCCCAAGCAGUCGGCCACGAUGCCCAAGAAGGGCAUCUUGAAGAAGACCCAGCAGAGAGAGUCAGGUUACUACUCGUCCCCGGAGCGCAGUGAGUCUUCGGAGCUGUUGGACAGUAACGACGGGCUGGGCAGUGGCCUCCCUUCCCCCAGCCCCCCGGACCCCACCAGGGGGACGUCCCACGGCCUCUCGUGCCGCAGGAAGGGCAUCUUGAAACACAAUAGCAAGUACUCAGCAGGGACCACGGACCCGGCCCUCGUCAGCCCUGAAAUGCCCACACUGGAAUCCUUGCUGGAGCCCGGCGUCCCCGCCGAGGGCCUCUCCCGGAGCUACAGCCGGCCCUCCAGCGUCAUCAGUGACGACAGCGUCCUGUCCAGCGACUCCUUCGACUUGCUGGAUUUGCAGGAGAAUCGCCCUGCCCGCCAGCGCAUCCGCAGCUGCGUCUCUGCUGAAAACUUCCUCCAGAUCCAGGACUUUGAGGGGCUCCAGAACCGGCCCCGACCCCAGUACCUGAAGCGGUACCGGAACCGGCUGGGAGACAGCAGCUUCUCCCUCCUCAUGGACAUGGACGAUGUGACUCAGGUCUACAAGAAAGCGCUGGAGAUCUGCAACAAGCUUAACUAGCUCCCCGGGGAUGGUGGGGCUGGGUUGUGGGUGGGUUCGGGGGAGGCGUGGGAGCAAUGACUUGUGCUAGUGAGCUGGUUACCUCUUUGCUGGCCUGUGACAAUAUGCUGAGAAAGGAUUGGUGCCAUCUUGGUUGGCCCAGUUUGCAGCCUUGAGCCAACACCUGAAAGGGAGAAGUGGGCUCUCUGCCAGUCCUGCCAACUGCCAGUCAGAAUUUGGGUCCUAACUGGCAUUUACUUUGUGGCACCUCCUAGAGGACCAGCUGUCCAGGGGAGGUGGUGUUGGCCAGCACGAAGAGGGUGGGUAGGAAGCAUAUGGGAGAGGGAACAUAUCCCUAAAAGUCAUCCAAAUGCUUCUGGAGGAAGGGCAAGAGAGACUGGGGCCAUCUGCCUUGGAUGAGCUCAGAACUUGCUUCUUCCCUCCUCACAUGAGCUGGCUUGGUCUGACUGCAUGGGGUUGGCAAGUAGAUUUCAGCCACCUGAACUUGCAUCGGUGAUUGAUUGAUAGUGGCUGCUGGGUGUGCUGGUGUGAGUAGCCUAGACGCAUGGGAAGGAGUGCUGUGAUUGAAUAGCAAUGGCUGCCUUGGGAAACGGAAGGGGGGCAGUAGCACUCAUGCCAUGCGGUGGCCAUCCUUGACACGGCUAAGCCUUGAAAGUGUUGGGUUGAGGCAUCCUGUGGGAUCUAUGCUUGUCUUUCAUGCCACUCACGUGGCCUUUGUUAAUUUGCUACUCUACCUGGAAUGGAAGACAGGGUCUCGGGCAGAGUGAGAAUGCUCUGAACACUGCUAAGGACUUAAGAGUCAGCCCGUGGUGAUUUUUGGGCUUCUUGCUGUCUCCCACUUCUUUCCUGAUGUCUGCCUUGCUCUUCAGCACAAUCUCCCGAGGAUGGACAGGGAAAAGAAUGGUGGUGUCAGAGGUCAAAACUCUGGUGUGUAACAGAGCUUGGGACCCUCUGUGGUCUUUGUGCAGAUGAAUGGAAAUUGAUGCACACCAGCAAGAGGGCAACUUGUCAAUUUCUUUAACAUCUCACUGUUAACUGGAAUGCUGCCUCUUGGGUUCUCACCUGCAUGAAUCAGAUGUGACGCUGUCCACAGUCUCCAAGGAGUAACUGGCUCAACCAUUUACCCUGUUUACUAAUAGCAAACGGUUUCCCCAUCCACCAAGUGUAGAAUCCACAGAGGCGGGUGAGUUUGCUUCUAGGGAGUUAGUGUGUAGGUGGGAUAUUUGGAUGAGGAAAGGAAGGUAGGCAUAAGGUGCUCCCCCCAUAUCUAGGGAUUCUGUCAUGGGUUUGAAGUCCUAGACUCUGGGGGAAAAGAAAGUUCCACCCAUUCAAAUGAAUAAGGUGUUGAAAGAGCACAGUGGGUUGGGAGGAAGCAUACAGAAGAGGGAAUAUUUCCCAAGAAGCCAGCCAGAUGGUUCUGGAGGAGGCAGGAAAGAGGUAUAGCAGGACUCUUAUCAUAAAAAGUAAUAUAACUAGGUAUUCAACUUCUAGACACCCAGAUUACAGGUGAUAAGAUGUCAGUCCCACAAAGGGACAUCUUCAGAUACUGGGUUUGGAAUUCAUGGUCUCAUUGGGGAAUCUGGGAUGACUUCAGAUCCUACUGGCCUGGGCAAAUUGAAAGACUUGUUUCAAGAUGGUCGACCUCUGCUAGCCACAAAAAUAUAUAAGGAGGACUAGUCUUGGGGGGGGGGUGGGUAUUUUUGGGAAAACCAACA